AUGCUCAAGUAAAUUUCAUUAUUUUUACAAAUUUCUUUGUAUUUAUUUAUCAUAGAUUUAAGUUUUAUACAGCAAGCAACUAGUGAUUUUGAGGUUAUUGAUGAGGAAUAGUCAUUUUACAAGACAACAAAUAAAAUUGAAUUAGAUGAAAAUUAUAGCUAUGGAUAUGAAUUUUGGUUCAAAUUUAACCUAAUCCCUCAGCAGACUUAUUAAGAAGUAUUUGAAGAGGAAUACUUAACAGUUCGUUACAACAACUAAGAAUAUAGCAAUACUUUUUUAAUUUUUUCUGAGUGGGAUUCUCACUCUAAGUAAUUUACUGUUCUUUAUUUCCUAUAAUAAACAUACUCACAAUGUUGUACUCUCUUUGUUAUACUGUAUCUUUAGAAUUAAUAUUACAAUUAUUACUCAUAGUAUAUUGGAUUUUUAAACUUAGAGGGAAGUUGGGUAUACACUCAUUUUGGUUUCUAGAGGUACACAAAUAAAUUUUAAUGGUUUUUGUAUUCUUCUGAAGACAGAUGGGUUUGGGGAUAGGAUUAUUAAAUUGAUGGGAUAUUGUAAGAGUUAACAGAAAUCACAAAUAUAGUUGGCGGAAGUGGAAAAAUUUAAUACUUAAAUUAUGAACUCAAUCUUCAAAAAAUUAGAGGAAGAUUCACCUCAGUAAUUUUUACCAAGGGAAUUUUAAAUAAAGAAGCAUUACAAUGGUCCCUAUAAUAUAUUUAACUUCCUGACAUCUGUUCUGGAAUUAUAUUUGAAAUUUUAUAUGGAAUUUAAUAUCUGGAUGGGACAAAUUACUAAGAAAGAGUUAUGUUUUUGAAAGGCAAGAAAUUUAUUAUAAGAGGAUGGAAUAAGCUAAACAUUAAUAAGGUAAUAAGUUGAUAAAUUUUAGAAUUAAUACUAAGAUUCACAUUUAUAAAUGAUGAGAAUUACUUCUAAUAAAGUCUAUACAGAAAACAGUAAUAUUGGAGAUAAGCUAUUUUAAUUAAUUUAUAUCCUAAAUUCCGAUUUAAAUAAACAAUCUAGUAUUCAAGUGAAUGCUUAAAGACUAACUCUUCCCUUUUCAUCCUUCUACUAUGAAUCAUAUUUCGACAGAUUUUAUUAUUAUGAUGAUCUAAUGCUAAAGAGGUUGUCUAAUUGGGUCUACUUUAGUUUUGAAUAAGGCGGCAUAUACUAAUAAUUAUUCAAAAUAUUCUUUACAUAUGAUUCUUUCAGUCUGUCAUAUGACUUUGGAAAUAAAUACUAUCCUAACUCUAUCUACUAAUUAGCUGAUGUUCCCCUUUACAUCCUUAUCGGAGGAGAUAAGUUUUCAAGUCGAUUUUAUUAUGAAGGAUACGUGCAGAAUUUAUAAAUUUUGACCUGCUUAUCCGAAUUCGACUUAUAUUAAUAAUAUAACCCUUAAUAGGAUUGUAAAUAUUAAAUUUAUCAUUAGAUUGCCAUCCAUUUUGUAAAACGUGUAAUGGGCCUAAUUAAAAUAACUGUUUAAGUUGUCAUGAUUAUCAAAACAGAGAAUAUUACAUGGGCAAAAAUUUAUGCAUUUGUAAGUUUGGAUUUACUGAAAUGCCCUAUUUGUUUGCUUGUUCAAAAAUUUAUACUGAGUAUAAAAAAGAAAUAGAGGUAGAGAAAUAAUCGGAAGAAUGCUAAAUCAAUAGAGAAAUUAAUGGUCUUUCAAUAUGUUCAAGUUGGUAUUCUAUUUUAUAAGAUAUGUUAGUCCUGAAAUCAAUUAUAGAUGCUAUGAUUGCAUUUUGAAUCCUAAUAAUUGGAUUUCUAAUCCUUUGUGUACAAAGGAUAUUGUAUAUUCUAGUUUAAAAAGUUCAUCUAUGUUAAUAAAAAAUAGAGAUUCAAAAGACUAUACUGUUUAUACCUUGGAUCUUGAAUUUGGAUUUUAACUUUGUGAAGGUUGUGGAAAACUAUGUGCGAAAGGCGAAGAAGGAUGUAAUCAUAUAGAAGGAAGAACUCAUUUAAAUGAAAAGGUUUGGGUAAAAUGCAAAAUGGAGGGCUUUUAUUUUGAAGAUAACAGUUGUCAAAGAUGCAAACCAUAAUGUUUGAUUUGUGUUUCACUAAAUCAUUGUUAAUCUUGUUUGGAUGGAUGCUAUCUAAAAGAUGGAGACUGUUUUCAAUGCCAAAAAGAAUGUAAAUAAUGUUUAUAUAAUGAUUAACAAAAUAUUAUAUGCACAGCUUGUAUUGAAGGAUAUGGAUUAUUUUAGGGGUCCUGUUAAAAGUGCGGAUCCCAUUGUCUUAGUUGUGAACAAAGCAUAAACAACGUGAAUCAAAAUGUAUUUUUAAGAUGUUUAAAUUGUGAAGAUAAUAAAAAAUUCAUGAUAAGUUAUGAUUAAUUUAAUUGUAUUGAAAAUCGCAUAAAUAAUUGUAACUAUGGGUUCAUUUAUUCAUCAAAAAAUCGAGUUUUGAAUACUUUAAGAUUAGAGUAAGAUUUUAUUGAAUUUGAUACCGCUGUUUUUGGAUGUGCAUAAUGUGAACAGUAUUAUGAAUAUGAUAUUCAAAAUUAACUUUGCAAAUUUAAAUAUGUGGAAUACUGCGAAUAAUUAAUUCUAGAUUAUGGACAAGAGCAGUGCUUAGUUUUUACAAAUUACUUAGUUAUAUUUCCCUAUUAUCCAUCCAGAGUAUAUGCUAAUGAUUUGGAGUGUGAUAAAAACAUUCUCUAAUGCCUCAAAUGCUUACGUGUAUAUAAUAAUCAAUAUUGUCUUGUUUGUAAAACUGGUUACUAUGCUUAUUGGGAUGGUGUUUGCAUAGAAUGUCCAAAAAGCUUAAAUUGUAAAAAUUGUUAUAUUCAGUCAAAAAAAUAUAAAGACGGUUGGAAAAAAAAUAUUAGAGUUACAUUUGAAUAUUUCUAUAUUGACCAUUUUGUUGAUUAAUCGCUAUUCAAAUAUCUAAAUUCUAAACCAGAUGAUGAGUAUGAAAUAUUUUGUUAUGAUUGUUGGUAAGACUAUGAGUUAUACAAUGGGUUGUGCAUUCAAGCCUGUGAUUGUGUUUCCUGUGUGAAAGUAGAUAAUUAGAACAUUUGCGAAGUCAGCCCUUACUUUUAAGAUUUCAAAUCUCUAACCAUAAUUGAGGGUAAAAUCAUAGAUUGUUCAACCUAUUGUUUAUUUUGUUUUCCAUUACUUUAAGAAGAAAUUUAUCAGAUAAAUCCAUACUUUUAGAAUGCCGUAUAUUCUUACUAUUCUAAUAAAUGCUUAAUUCCAAACUCAAAUUUCAAUAACUUGGUUUAUGAUCCACAUCUUCAACAAUAUAAAUAAUGCUCAACUCAUUCGAAUUGCUAGAUGGAAAUAUCCAUAAACUAUUUCCUAAUUUGCCAAAAUGAACAGACAUAUCAAAAUGAAGAUUCUGUAAUAUUGAUUACAAUAUAAGAGUUAUUCUCUAGUAGUGAUGAAUAGAGAUUUAAGGAUUUCUAAAAUUAAGGGUUUUAUGAAUAUGCCAACGCUCAAAUGAUAGAAAAUAUUAUCAUAAAUAUUGAAGUUUAAGACUCUUAGUAAUGUUUAUUACCUCAAUUUUCAUUAUUGAGUAACUAAUUUUUAACAAACAUAUUCUCAAUAAAAAAUGUUAAAUUAUUUAUUUACAGUUAAAACACAGCUGAAUUUGUAGUUAAUGAACUUUACAUAUAGAGUUUCUAAUACAUCCAGCUUGAAAAUAUAUAAUUUAAACCAUACUUUCAGAGCUCAUUUAGUUUAUUAAUGUAUUCUUUAUUAGAACAAUAAUUAAUCUUUAGGAAUUUGAAUUUUACUAAUUAAAAACAAUUGAAUUAAUUCUAAAUAAAUAUUAAUUAUAUCAAUAAUGUUGAAUGGCAUAACGUAAGAUUUAGCGAUAUAGAUACUGAUUCGGUUUAUGGAUUAAUAUUAAUCAAUAGUGCCAAAUCUAAAAAACUCUAUUUUAAAGAUAUAAAACUAUUAAACUGCAUAUUAUAAAAAUCUAUUUUCAUCUAUUUAAGUAAUGUAACACUUUCAGAAAUCAUUAUUGACGGAUUAUAAAUUGAAACUGAAUUUCAAAAUUCAUUAUUGCUUCAAUAUCUUAAUUCAAAAUAAAAUAAUAUUAAGAUGUCUUAGGUAUCGAUUCAAUCAAGAUUAUUAUAUUGUUACACAUGGUUGUAUUUUUAGAAUUAAAAUAUGAUAAAAUUAUAAAAUUUUAUCAUUUAGUAAUCAUACUUACUUGAAACUAUAUUACUUUUUUUAAGAGACAAUACCUAAGUUUCUGAUAUCUAAGCAUUUCAAAAUUAAUUAUAUUAGCACUCAAUUUUAUUUUAUUUUUUUAAUGGGUAUAGUGAAGAAAGUACAAAUCAAUUUACUAUUAGUAAUGUAUUAUUUUUAGAGAAUUAGUGUUAUAAUAAUUAUUGUCUUAUAUAUGCUGUUUAAGAUUAAGAAGCAUCUAUAAAUCAAAUUUUGUUAAAAUAAAUCUAAAUCCAUUUUAAUACAAGGUUAUUUUAAUGGGGUGUAGAAAAUGUAGACGAAUACGAAACUUUAAUUUAUUUAUCUCUUAAAACCAUAAUAAUAGAUGAUUUACAAUUGAAAGGAGAUUUUAUGUCUUAAUUAGAUAAAUAAAUGCCAAUCAAUUAAAUUCAUAUACAUAAUAUAGUCUCACUUCAAAUUACAUCUAUUAAAAUAAGUAAUUAAAAUUAACCAAGUGCCUCCUAUUUUUAUCAAUCUUAUAAAUGUUCUAAAUUAUAAUAAUCAUCUACAAGUAAUAAACCUCUACUAACGAUUCAAUCAUUCCAGAAUCUCAAAUUGAAUUUUAUCGAUAUAUUUAAUAUCAUUAAUUUCAAUGCACCAAUUAUCAAGAUUUUAUCAUAAAAUUCAUAUGUUUAAUAGUUAGAUGAGUAGAUACUUAUUCAAAAUAUUAAUUUCACAUCCAAUUUGCUAUUAACAACACAGUACUUUAACUCAAAAUCAAUUCUACAUAUAUAUAGUUAAUAGAAGCAAAAUAUUUAGAUAGAAAAUUUCUUAUCAUCAUACAACAUCCUACAUGAAUAUAUUUAAGAUUAUAGCAUAUCAUCUGCAAAUGUAUUACUAAUAGAAUCUCCAUAAAGUGAUGUUACAAUAAUCAAUUCAUAUUUUACAAGCAAUACUGUUAUUAAUUCGAGCAAUACUCAACUUUAAAUUUAUUGUGAUACUUUGUAAAUUAUUAAUUCAACCUUUAUAAAGCAUAAUCAGAUGGAUUAGAGUAUGAUUGAUGUAAUAUUUAAUAAAUAAUUUCUAAAUGACAUGGAAGUUAAGUAUUUUGAAUAACUGUAAAAUUAUUUUCCAAUUAUUUCUUAAACAGGAGUUGGUGAAUUUCAAUUUAGAAAUCUCAUCAUCUAAAACAUCGAAAUAAACUCUACAUAGGGUUAUUAAGGUGGAGCAUUCUCAUUAUAUCCAAAAAAUCAAGGAAUAAUAUAAGUAUCACAGUCAAAAUUUAUCAAUAUAAAAUCCUAAUUUUCACUUUUUGAUACUAAAGGAGGAUGUUUCUAUAUAUUAUUGCCUUCAUUUAAUGUAGAUAUUAUUAUUAACUAAUGCACUUUUUCCAAUAUUUGGACAUAAAACUAUGGAAGCAUUAUUUUUGUUGAAUCUGUUAUUGAUCAUCUUAUGAAUCUCAAAAUAGCGGACGUUUCCAUUACAAAUACAUUUAGUUUAUAAGGUUCAGUCAUCUAUUUGAAGUAAAAUAAAGUAGAUUUGAAUACUAUAAAUCAAAUAGUAUUUUAGAAUGUUGUAAUAGUUUAGGAAGAGGAAAAUUUUGUUGCCUAUUUAGCUGAAUACAUGACGAUUCCAGAUGAUUAAUUAAAUCAAUUUUAAGAGAAUAGAAGUUUAAUUUAUACAACCUAUUCUAAUGUAUCUUUAUAAAAUAUUUCAGUAAUGAAUAUAUUCUAAGAAAUGAUAUUAGAAUGUAAUUAAUGCGAAAAAAUUUUGAUUAAAAAUUUAUUCAUUUACAAAGGUAAAGAAACUUUUGCACUAUUUUCAAUUGUUUCAGAUUAAAAUUAGAUUAGUAUUUAUUUUUCUAACAUCUAAAUUCUCAAUAUAUCAAAUUAAAUUGAACUCUUUACAGAUUUAAAUUGUAAUUAAAAAAAAGAAAUUAUGAAUCUUGAAUCAAGUUGUUAUGCUUAAGAUCAUUAUUAAUAAGUUAAUUUGAAGAAUAAUAUCAUAUUUUAUUAUGAUAAUACUUAUUUACAAGUGCUUGGGAGAUGCAAUUUCAACAUUAUUUAUAGAUAAAUCUAGAAUGAAUAAUCAUUGAUACAUAUAUCAAUUUAAUCAAAAAUUUAAUAGUAGUUAAAAUUUUAAAAUUGUUUCUUUGAAGCAAUCUAAAUUUCAAAUGCUAUUAUUGGAUUAGCCAUUCAAACAAUUCCAUCAAAUUUUAUUAAAUUUAAACAAAUAUAUCUUUAAAAUAACACAUGUGGAUAGAAUGGAUGCAUAAGAUUGGAAUCAAAAGGAAAUUACCUAAAUAGAUUACUAUCAGAAUAGAGUGCACAAGAAUUUGAAACAUUUAAUUCUCAAAUUAAAAUUGAUUAAUUGUAUUGUUAUAAUAACAAUGCAUCGAAUGGAGUUUGCUUAAACAUUUAAAAUUUAUCUGUAUACAUAAUCUUCUCCUAAUUUCAUAAUAAUACUGCAUCUGAAUAUGGAGGUAGCAUUUAUUUUAAUUCUAAUUCAACAGAAUAGUAAUUGUUGUUUAAAUUUUGUUAGUUUUAUACUAAUUUAGCAUUUGUUGCCGGUGCUAUUUAUUCAAAUAAUAUUAUUAAUAGCAAAUGGAUUAAAGAAUAUAAUUAUUUGGAUAAAAAUCGGUGUAAAUCAUUUGGUUCUACAAUUGUUUAUCCCCCAAUGAAAUUAGGAGUUACUUUUGAUAACUACAACACUAUCUAUUAUCCAAUAACAUUACAUGAAGGAUAGAAUAUUAAAAUCGAUCAAAUUUAAUUCAAUAAAAGAUCUUAAUAAAAUUAUUUUAAUCUUCCUAGUGGGUGUGUAUUAAAUUCAUAUUAAACUGUUACUGAAGAUAAUCUAUAUAUCAAUAACAAUAUAACUUUUCGUUUGAUGGGAUUCGAUUAGAACGAUGAAAUUAUGAAAAACCUUGAAGAUUCAUCAUGUGUUAUUUAUGACAGAAUUGUAGAUUUACAAAAGGUAGAUACAUUAUUUUAAGUGUCUGAACUUAUUUAGACUUCAGUUAAUGUUAAAUCUAUUAAAUUUAAUAACUAGACAAAAGAUUAUAAUUUAGAUACUGUAGUAUUGAAUAGCAAAGCAAUUAAUAAUAUAACUUAUUGUUUACAGUUGAUCUUCUUUUGUCCAAGCAUACAAAGUAAGAUAUUUAAAUAAUCUCUUAGCAUAAAAAGUGAAUUCAGAGUAUCCUUAUAAUAUUAUUUCAACUCAUAAUCAAUAUUAUCUAUAGAUCAAUAUUGUUACCUUAGAUUGCUAAUUAGGUGAAAUUUAUAAUCAAUUAACAGGAGCAUGCCAAUAAUGUGAUGCUUCUCAAGGAUUUUAUUCAGUUUUACUUAAUUAAACUUUAUGCGAUGUUCAAGAUGAUACAACUACUGCAGAAGUUAAACCGGCAUCCCUUAAAUUACUGUAGGUAUGUAAAUAGAAUCUAAUUAAAUAGGGAUAUUGGAGACCGCAAUAUGAUAAUAGAUAUAUUACUUAAUGUUCGAAUAAGGUAGAAAAUUGUAAGGGAGGUUGGGAUGUAGGAUAUAAUUCAUGCGAAGAGGGAUACUUUGGAGCAUUAUGCGAAUAAUGUGACAUCUAUAAUAUGAGAGGAGAGGGUAGAUAUUCAAAUACCGAAUCUUAUUAAUGUGGAGGAUGCUAACCAGAUUAUUAGUCUGCUCUAUAUGCUAUUCUAUUGAAUCUUUGGUAUUUAGCUUUAAAUAUUUAAGGAAUUUAUUUUCUAUUAUAUUCUCCGUCAAAAGUUCACAGACUUCAAUUCUUAAUUAAGUGAAUAGAAAGAAUUAAAUUGCUGUAAGUACAUUUCUCAAGAUCUUUAUCAACUACUUCUAACUCUUAUUUGUAGUGUCAACCUUCCAAUUGCCAAUUCCUUAUUAGAUCACAAUAUUGUUAGGGUUUAUGGGAAAUCCUGUUAGAGUCAUCUCUUAUUCUUUAGAUUGCUCCUUAGUAGAUAAAAUUGCUAUAGAUAUCAUUUAUCUUAGGAUGAUUUAAUAAAUCUUAUACCCGUUUAUUUAUCUCUUUAUAAUGUCUACGGCCUAUUUAAUUUACGCUUUAUACAGCAAGAUUAAAAUUAAUUUUAGUUAUUUCUAUAUAGCCAUCUCCUAUUUGGUGUUGUAUUACAGUCCCUAAAUCCUAAGUAGUUUGAUUAACCUAAUGUCAUAUAGAGUAAUAUCGAAUAUCAGUUGGGUAUAAGCAGAUGUAUCCUUUUAAUAUGAUACAUAUAAGCAUUUUUAAUGGAUUUACAUUUUAUGCACUCCUUUGCUUAUAUUUUUGUUAAUCUCCAUCAGCAGUUUAUUUUUCUUACUUUUUAAAAAGAGAAACAAUUUAAAAAAAAUUAGAUCACUCUUAUAUUUGGGAUACUUGUAUUUAGAGUAUAAUACAAGCUCGUAUUUCUGGGAAUUCAUUAAGUUGAUUCUUAAGAUAUUGAUUGUAGUUGUUUUAACACUUUUGCAAGAAAGAAUUAUCAUUAAAGGAUGUAUUUGCUUUUUGAUACUUGCCUUAUAUAAGUCAUGUAUUUCAAAGUACAAACCUUAUAAGUUGAGAAAUAUCAAUAAUAUUGAUCAGUUGGCAUCCUUUGUGUGUUUAGUGUCUAUUUUAUUUGGAAUGUUGCUCCGUGUAGCUUAUGAAAUUUAAUUACAUAUCUUCCCAUACAUUAUCUAUUUUUUGUUAGCUUUUCUUAAUAUAGCUUUUACAUUAUACUUAUUGAAUUUGAUACUUCAAUCUUAUAUGAGGCAGUAUUCAGAACAAUUAGAUGAAGUUAAAGAAUUUAUUAAGAGAACGUUUCCCAAAUUAGAAAAAAUUAAAUUGUGUUAAAAACUAUUAUAAAAUUCUUCGAUUGUAAGGAAUAAAGCAAAAAUGGAUUUGAAAAGGAUAGCUUCAACUGUCAUUUAAAAAAGUCAGCAAUUAAAUAAAUCUAAGUUAUUAAUGUCCAAGCAGUAACAAGCAGCAUCUAUUGAAUCACGAAUUCAAAUGUAAACAGUCGAUGAUUAAAUGAAAACAAGCUUAUAAUUACUUUAGAAAAUUGACUUAAGAAGAGCAUUUUUCCAUAGACAAAGCUUAUAAAAUAUUUAGAAUGAAGAAAAUUGA